CCCGUCGCUCGCCGGCAAAUCAGUUCUGCUCCGAUCGCGCCACUGCGCAGUACGUGAAGCCGCUCAUAAGUUCCGAUUCAGAUAUUUGCGACAUUUCGUCAAUUUCGUUUUCAGUCAAAUGCGGUGUUAAAAUGUAAAUUCGACCGAAGAAACAACAGUAAUCGAGUGACAGAUAGAAAUUUGAGCCCAACCAAACGACGGUGCCUUCGGGGUGAAGGUCGAGAGUAGCUCCCGCUUCCAUGACUAUGUUUUGGAACCAAAAUGUAGAUCAACAGCCGGGUCAGGAGGACAAACAGCAAAACAGCUCGGCUCCCAUGAGGAGACUGAACAUUAGCUUUAAUGUGAAGAUCGCGGUGAAUGUGAACACCAAGAUGUCCACCACCCACAUAAACCAGCCGGCACCUUCCUCCCUUUCCGCGUCGCCCAGCAAAAUUGUGGUCCACCAGCAGAGCAGCACCUUCGAUCUCCGCCAGCAACUGGCCCGUUUGGGCCGCCAGUUGGCCAGCGGUCAGGACGGCCACGGUGGCGUGUCCACGGUGCUGAUCGUGAACCUCCUGCUGCUGAUCCUCCUCUCGAUCUGCUGCGACGUCUGCCGGUCGCACAACUACUCGGUCCACCAGAGUCCGGAGCCCGGCAUGAAGGACCAAAUGGGCCUGCUCCGUCCCAAACUGGACAGCGACGUGGUGGAGAAGGUGGCCAUCUGGCACAAGCACGCCGCCGCAGCACCUCCGAUCGUCGUGGAGGGGAUCGCCAUCAGCAGCCGGGCACAGAGCACGGUGGGUCCACCACCACCCCCAGCUCCAGAUCCGGAUCCGGAUCCGCCGGAGGAGCAGCACGGAGUCGACGAGCGAGUGGUCCUCGAGCGGGUCACUCGCGACUGUGUCCAGCGGUGCAUCGUUGAGGAGGAUCUGUUUCUGGACGAGUUUGGGAUACAGUGCGAGAAGGCGGACAACAGCGACAAGUGCUACAAAACACGAUGCACUAAAGGCUGUGCCCAGUGGUAUCGCGCGCUCAAGGAUCUGGAGUCCUGCCAGGAUGCCUGCUUGUCGCUGGAGUUCUACCCGUUCGACAUGCCCUGCAUCUCGGCCUGCGAGAUGGCCCAGCGGGACUACUGGCACCUCCAGCGGCUGGCCAUCAGCCACCUGGUCGAGCGGACGCAGCCGCAGCUGGAGCGGGCGCCGCGGGCGGACGGACAGGCCACGCCCCUCACCAUCCGCUGGGCGAUGCACUUCCCGGAGCAGUACCUGGCCAGCCGGCCCUUCAACAUCCAGUACCAGUACGUGGACCACCACGGCGAGGAGCAGGAUCUCGAGCAGGAUCUCGACCAGGAAGAUCCGGAUGCACCUGGAGCGUCGCGGGCCAGCGCCUGGUUCAACCUGGCAAAUUACGACUGCGACGAGUACUACGUCUGCGAAAUUCUCGAGACCCUCAUACCCUACACCCAGUACAGGUUCCGUUUCGAGAUGCCUUUUGGCGAGAACAUUGACGAGGUGCUGUACUCCCCGGCCACGCCCGCCUACCAAACGCCCCCCGAAGGCGCGCCCACCUCGGCUCCGGUCAUCGAGCACUUGCUGGGCUUGGACGACACCCACCUGGCAGUCCACUGGCAUCCGGGCCGAUUCACCAACGGACCCCUCGAAGGAUACCGCCUGAGCCUAAGUUCCUCCCAAGGAAACCUCACAGCUGAGCAGUUGGUUCCGGCGGGGCGAGGUAGCUUCAUCUUUUCGCAACUGCAAUCGGGAAGCAACUAUACUCUGGAACUGACGAUGCUCAACAAGCAGGGCGAGGGUCCACUGGCCAAGGGCUUUGUGGAAACGCAUCCCUCCCGGGAUGAUAGGCCCGUGAAGGAUCUGACUGAGAGUGUCCUGCUGGCCGGACGAAGGGCUGUGAUGUGGCAAUCCCUGGAGCCGGCGGGCGAGAGUUCGAUGAUCUACCAGUCCCAGGAGGAACUGGCUGAUGUGGCCUGGUCACAGCGGGAUCAGCAGUUGUGGCUGCUGAACGUGCAUGGGGAAUUGUGCAGCCUAAAAUUCGACUCGGGACAAAUGGUGAGCCCGGCACAAAAGCUGAAGCUGGAUCUGGGCAACGUCUCCGGUGGACCGUGGAUGCCUCGCCGAGUGAGCUUCGACUGGCUGCGCCACCGAUUGUACUUCGCCCUGGAGUCGAUGGACACAGCCCAAUCCCAAUCGCAAAUAAUCAGCACCGACUUGGAGGGCGGAGGGGCCGAGGAGGCGGGGGAGUCCUUCGAUCUGGCGGUGGAGCAGCUGGAGGUGGACGCCCUGAAUGGCUGGAUCUUCUGGAGGGACGAGGAGGCCCUGUGGCGCCAGGACCUGCACGGCCGGAUGCGCUUCCGCCUGGUGAGGAUCAGGCAGCCGGGCUGGUUCGUUGUCCAGCCGCUGCACUUCCUCAUCCGCCUGAUGUUGCCACAGGAGGACAGAUUCCUGGAGAUGAGCUACGAUGGCGGGUUCAAGGAGCCGCUGCCUCUGCCCCAGCAUCCGACGUCAUCCUCCGUAUGGCAGACCUUCGCGCUGCUGGGUCACUCCCUGCUCCUGCCCGCGGCUGGCCAGCUGAUCCUGGUGGAGCCGCAGGGCCAGGGAGCCAGUGCGUCGUGGCCGCUGAGGAACCUGCCCGACUGCUGGGCCGCGGUCCUCCUGGUGCCGGAUGGCCAGCCACUGACCCGCGCCGGUGGCACUCCGCAUGGACUGAAGGCCUUGCUGGGCGCCCAGGCGGCGAAGAUCUCGUGGAGGGAGCCGGAACGCAAUCCCUACCAGUCGGCGGACUCGGCGCGCAGCUGGAGCUACGAGCUGGAGGUGCUGGACGUGGCCAGCCAAAGUGCCUUCAGCAUCCGGAACAUCCGGGGACCCUUCUUCGGCCUGCAGCGCCUGCAGCCGGACAAUCUCUACCAGCUGCGGGUGAGGGCCAAGGACGCGGACGGGGAGACGGGCGAGUGGACCGCUCCGCUGGCUGCCCGCACCUGGCCACUUGGUCCGCAUCGGCUGCGGUGGUCCAGCCGGCAGGGAGGACUCCUCGCCACCGACGAGCUGGGCGAGGGGCUGGAGGAGCAGGUGCAGGAGCGACUGGAGCCGCUGCCCGGGCCCAUGACCAUGGUGAACGAGAGCGUGGGCUACUACGUGAGCGGCCAGGGGCUGCUGCACUGCGUCAACCUGGUGCACAGCCAGUGGGGCUGUCCCGUGGCGGAGCCAGUGCAGCACGUGGGCUCGGUGGCCUACGACUGGCGCGGCGGCAGAGUCUACUGGGCGGACCUGGCCAGGAACUGUGUGGUCCGGAUGGACCCGUGGUCGGGCAGCCGGGAGCUGCUGCCCAUCUUCGAGGCCCGCUCCCUGGCCAUGGACUCGCGGCAGGGCCACCUCUACUAUGCCACCGGCUCCCAUCUCUCCCGCCACGGAGCCGCCACCGCGGAAUCGGUCACUUACUACCGCGUCAACGGACUGGAGGGCACCAUCGGCUCCUUCGUCCUCGAUACCCAGCAGGAUCAGCUCUACUGGCUGGUGAGCGGGGCUGCCGCCCUGCGUCUCUACCGCGCCCCCUUGGCCGCCGGCGGGAAGCCGCUGCAGUUGCUCCACCACAUGAAGGGUGGCCUCCAGGCCGUGCCCCACAGCCUGCAGCUUCUUCGUCCCCUGGGCGCCCUCCUCUGGCUGGAGCGGGGUGGCCGGAGGGCGCGCCUGGUCCGCCUGGCCGCCCCCGAAGACCUCAUGGAGCUGCCCACGCCGGCCGAGGUCUCUCCGGCCUCCGCCCUGCAGUUGCUGGACCCGCAGCCACUACCGCCGCCGGAUGAGGGGGUAAUCCCCGCCAUCGUGGGCCCGGAAUCUGUGCGGCUGGACGACGGCCACUGGGACGACUUCCAUGUGCGCUGGCAGCCGGCGACGUCCGGCGGCAACCACAGCGUCUCGUACCGCCUGUUCCUCGAGUUCGGCCAGCGGCUCCAGACCCUGGACCUGACCACCCCCUUCGCCCGGCUGACGCAGCUGCCGCAGGCGCAGCUCCAGCUGAGGAUCAGCAUCACGCCGCGCACCGCCUGGCGGAGUGGCCAGACCACGCGGGUGCAGCUGACCACUCCCCCUGCUGCGCCCACCCAACCGCGGCGGCUGAGGGUGUUCGUGGAGCGACUGGCCACCGCCCUCCAGGAGGCCAACGUGAGCGCCCUGCUCCGCUGGGAUGCCCCGGAGCAGGGCCAGGAGGCGCCGGUGCAGGCGCUGGAGUACCACAUCAGCUGCUGGCUGGGCGCGGAGCUGCACGAGGAGCUGCGCCUGAACCAGAGCGCCCUGGAGGCGCGCGUGGAGCGGCUGCAGCCCGACCAGACCUACCACUUCCAGGUGGAGGCGCGGGUGGCCGCCACAGGAGCGGCGGCCGGAGCCGCCAGCCACGCCCUCCACGUGGCGCCCGAGGUGCAGGCGGUGCCGCGCCUGCUCUACGCCAACGCGGAGUUCAUCGGCGAACUGGACCUGGACACGCGCAACCGACGGCGACUGGUGCACACCGCCAGUCCGGUGGAGCACCUGGCGGUGAUCGAGGGCGAGCAGCGGCUGCUGUGGGUCAACGAGCACGUGGAGCUGCUCACCCACGUGCCGGGCGCCGCUCCAGCCAAGCUGGCCAGGAUGCGGGCCGAGGUGCUGGCAUUGGCCGUGGACUGGGUGCAGCGGGUGGUCUACUGGGCGGAACUGGACGCCACUGCCACCGCGCCGGCGGCGGUGAUCUACCGCCUGGACCUGUGCCACUUCGGGGGCAAGAUCCUGCAGGGCGACCGCCUGUGGAGCACGGCCAGGGGUCGUCUGCUGAAGGACCUGGUGGCCCUGCCGCACCAGCGCUCGCUCCUCUGGCUGGAGUACGAGCCGGGUGCUCCGCGAAACGGGUCGCUGCGUGGCAGGAACCUGACCGAUGGCUCGGAGCUGGAACUCUCGACGGCCCAGCCGCUGAUCCGACUUCAUGCCGGCAGCCUGGAGCCCGGUGCCGAGACCUUGAACCUCGUGGACAACCAGGGCAAGCUCUGCGUCUACGAUGUGGCCCGCCAGCUGUGCACGGCCAGCGCGUUGAGGGCCCAGCUGAGUCUGCUGGGUGAGGAGGCCAUCGCCGGGCAGCUGGCCCAGGAUUCGGGCUACCUGUACGCCCUGAAGAACUGGAGCAUUCGGGCCUACGGUCGCCGGCGCCAGCAGUUGGAGUACAUGGUGGAGCUGGAGCCGGAGGAGGCGCGUCUGCUGCAGGCCCACAACUACCAGGCCUAUCCGGCGAGGAGCUGCCUGCUCCUGCCUCCGGCUGGAGAGCCCCUUCUGGGAACCGCUGACUGCGAGGAGCAGCGGUGUCAUUUGCACCUGCCCCACAUCACGGCCUCCGGCGAUUGUGCCCUGCCCGUUCCCGGGGUGCGGUACCAACUGAACCUCACCCUGGCCAAGGAGCAGGGAUCCCGGGAGCAGGCAUCCCGGGAGCGCCAGGAGGAGGAGCCCCUGGCCCAGUGGCUGCUCAGUGCCGGCGAAAGCGUGAAUGUGACCGAUCUCCUGCCCUUCACCCGCUAUCGCUUGAGCGGAGUCCUGAGCAGCUACUACCAAACUAGGCUGGGACUGCCCAAUCUCGUCCUGCCGCCGCUGGAGCUCACCACCGCCCCUGCCACGCCCACGGCGCCGAGGAACUUCAGCGUCCGCGUGCUGAGUCCCCGCGAACUGGAGGCCACCUGGCUGCCGCCGGAGCAGCUGCGGAGCGAGAGUGUCUACUACACGCUGCACUGGCAGCGGGAGCAGGACGGCGAGGAGGACGAGGAGGGGGCUGACCAGGAGGAGCAGGAGCGGCGACUCGAGGUGGCGGGCAGCCAUCGCCUGGCCGGGAUCAGGCCGGGAUCCGGCUACCGCCUGUGGGUGCAGGCCCACGCCACCUCCACCAAGAGCAACGCCAGUGGCCGAGUGCACGUGCGCAGCUUUGCCGAGCUGCCGGAGCUGCAGCUCCUGGAACUGGGACCCUACUCGCUGAGUCUCACGUGGGCGGGGACACCGGAUCCGCUGGGAUCGCUGCAGCUGGAGUGCCGGUCGCCGGGCGAGCAGCUGCGCCGGAACGUGGCCGGGAACCACACGAGGAUGGUGCUGGAGCCCCUGCAGCCGCGCACCCGCUACCAGUGCCGCCUGCUCCUGGGCUACGCGGCCACGCCGGGGGCUCCACUGUACCACGGCACCGCGGAGGUGUACGAGACGCUGGGCGAUGCGCCGAGUCAGCCGGGACGGCCUCAGCUGGAGCACAUCGCCGAGGAGGUGUUCCGCGUCACCUGGACGCCGGCGCGCGGCAACGGAGCACCCAUCGCCCUGUACAACCUGGAGGCGCUGCAGGCGCGGAGCGACGUGCGGAGGAGGCGCAGGAGGCGGCGCAGCGAGUCGGGGUCCGUGGAGCAGCUGCCGUGGGCCGAGGAGCCGGUGGUCGUGGAGGACCAGUGGCUGGACUUCUGCAACACCACCGAGCUGAGCUGCCUCGUGAAGAGCCUGCACUCCAGUCGGCUGCUCCUCUUCCGGGUGCGGGCCCGCAGUGUGGAGCACGGCUGGGGUCCCUACAGCGAGGAGAGCGAGCGGGUGGCGGAGCCCUUCGUCUCGCCGGAGAAGCGCGGCUCCCUGGUGCUGGCCAUCAUCGCGCCGGCGGCCAUCGUCUCCAGCUGCGUCCUGGCGCUGGUCCUGGUGCGGAAAGUUCAGAAGCGUCGUCUGCGUGCCAAGAAACUGCUCCAGCAGAGCCGUCCCAGCAUUUGGAGCAACAUGUCCACCUUGCAGACGCAACAGCAGCUGAUGGCCGCCCGGAAUCGCGCCUUCUCCACAACGCUGAGCGAUGCGGAUAUUGCCCUGCUGCCCCAUAUAAACUGGAGCCAACUGAAGCUGCUCCGAUUCCUGGGAAGCGGAGCCUUCGGCGAGGUGUACGAGGGUCAGCUGCAGACGGAGGACUCCGAGGAGCCCCAACGAGUGGCCAUUAAGAGCCUGCGAAAGGGAGCCAGCGAAUUUGCAGAGCUGCUGCAGGAGGCCCAGUUGAUGAGCAACUUCAAGCACGAGAACAUCGUCUGCCUGGUGGGAAUCUGCUUCGACACCGAGUCCAUCUCCCUGAUAAUGGAGCACAUGGAGGCCGGCGACCUUCUGAGCUACCUACGUGCCGCUCGUGCCACCAGCACUCAGGAACAGCAGCCCGCCGCAGGACUCUCGCUCUCCGAGCUCCUGGCCAUGUGCAUCGACGUGGCCAACGGGUGCAGUUACCUGGAGGACAUGCACUUCGUGCACCGCGACCUGGCCUGCCGGAACUGCUUGGUCACGGAGUCGGCGGGCGGAGCGGAUCGGCGGCGCACGGUGAAGAUCGGGGACUUCGGGCUGGCGCGGGAUAUCUACAAGAGCGACUACUACCGCAAGGAGGGCGAGGGGCUGCUCCCCGUGCGCUGGAUGGCCCCGGAGAGCCUCGUGGACGGGCUCUUCACUACCCAGUCGGACGUGUGGGCAUUUGGGGUCCUCUGCUGGGAGAUCCUCACCUUGGGGCAGCAGCCGUAUGCGGCGAGGAACAACUUCGAGGUGCUGGCCCACGUCAAGGAGGGCGGACGCCUCCAGCAGCCUCCCAUCUGCCCGGAAAAGCUUUACGCUCUCCUCCUGCUUUGUUGGCGAACGGAUCCGUGGGAGCGACCCAGCUUCCGGCGCUGCUACAACACACUCCACGCCAUCAGCACCGAUCUCCGGCGCAGCCAAAUGGCAUCCACAUCCAGUGCGGCGGACCCGGCCGGCAGUUCCAAGCCGGAGUCCAAGGUGCGAUUCGACGGACAGGCGCAGGAGCAGAUCGAUCAGAAGGAGCAAAAGGGUCAGAAGGAUCAGAGGGAUCAGCCGGAGUCGGAGAAUCUCUCGCUGCGGGAAGUGACCGGCGUCGACUCCACCCCGCUUAAGGAUGCACAAUUGUAUGCCAACGAAGGCGUCUCUCGACUCUAGAGGGGAUUUCCUUACCCUUUACAAAGAACGUCUCAAACAAAAUGGUCGGAUUUGUGGCCAUCAACUAGUUUUCCGAUUAAUCUAAGACAGCUUUAAUUUGUAUGUGCGUAACAGAAUGUAAAAUGGUCCAUUAGAAAGUCAAAUUUGUAUUCAAUUUUGAAUUAAGAUAUGAUUUUCAAAUACAGGAAUUAUGGGAAACCAUUUCCCUAAAGUUUA